AUGCUCCAAUCUGUUUUUGUUGCAGGUGAUUCCCAGCGAAUCGAGAUGCCGAGAAAAGACAUUGAAGCUAUUAGGGGCCAAAUGGUUCUUCUAGAGGCUUGGUACACUCCCACAUCCGACAUCGAGAAAAACACUGUCAGCUGGAACUUCAUGGCUAAUGACCCCAAACAAAUCAUCUCCUACUCCUCAGGCCAGAUAGGGAGUCAUGAAUUUAGAAAGCGGGUUGGCUUCGCUGUGCCCAUGCCCUCCACCAACCUGUCGAUCUACAUCAACAACACUCAGGAGUCCGAUUCAGGCCGCUACCUCUGCAACGUUAUAAUUCCUGGAGCACCCGGCCUGUCUGGAGAGCUGUGGCUUAACGUCAAGAUUCCACCCUCCACCCCAGUGUGCUCUAUGACUGGGGAUCCUGUGCUGAGGGGAAAUGUGACAUUCAGCUGUAAGUCCAGCCACGGCAAACCUGAACCUCAGUACAAGUGGACCAAGGCUGCUCCUGCCUCAGAGGUCUUCUUUUCUCCAGUGCAGAAGUGGAGGUCAUGUCCUCAGCCGAUGCUUGUUCUUGGCUACUUGGAUGAAAGACAGGGCACCCUCAGAUUGAACAACCUGACCAAAAACAUGUCUGGCAAAUAUGUAUGCAAGGCAAGCAACACAGCCGGGAGCGAGAGCUGCCACAUCAACUUAGAAGUGUCCACCCCAAGCAAUGCGUGGAUGAUAGCCGGAGUUACUGUGGGUUCGGUGGUGGGGCUUGUGGCUCUGGUCCUCUUACUGCUCUUCAUCCUCAGAAGGAACUGUGACACAGAAGAGGAAAUGGCCAACGAAAUCAAGGAGGACGCUCAGGCUCCGAAGCGGGUUUCUUGGGCGAAGAGUGGCACCGGAUCAGACAUCAUGUCUAAGAAUGGAACUCUGUCCUCUAUAGUCACCGGCCCUCCUCCACAGGAUCCGCGGCACACACCAAACAACAACUACUCAUAUUCCACUGGGGUCUGUAACUCAUCCACUGUCCCUGUAGCACCUGUAAGCACCCAGCUCUGCCCAGCGGAGCCCAAUCCACUGCAUGGACUGCCUGGGUACAACGUCAGCAAAAUACCCGUCCAUUCCCAUCAUCACCAAGCUCUGAGCUCAGACAACAACAACACACUCAGGACUGAAGGUGCUCAGCCUCAGGUCCCACGCCCCAUCCCCAUGCCUGUCAGAUCAGUGACAAUCGUGGGCGCUGUGCCAGUAAUGGUGCCCACUCCGAACCAGGCCGGCUCUCUUGUGUAG